AUGGCAAUGCUGCCACACUUAAAGAUUCACAAUAAUUUAGCAACUUACGUGUUUUUUUUCCGUUGAAAAGCAGACUGCAAGGGCAGAAGGCGAUGGAGUAAACUUCCUUGUACGAUCCUCCUGGUGUUCUAAAUAAUUUGCAAAAUGGUUACUAACUUUCUUAAAAAUAUGUUAAGCAAAACUGUCGCUGCAGCUCGUCAUCUAACACAAAAACGAGCAUAUACUUCGUACAAAGAUAUUUCGGUUCCAGAUUUUGAACCAUAUCGCCGCGAAUCUACGAAAAGUUAUUGCAAAAGACCACCCUCCCCAGGCAAUGAAUUCAAACGCAAGUCAUUCACUUACGGAGUUGGAGCAGGUUUGAUAGUCGGUGGCCUCUACCUCACCAAAGGUACUGUCCAUGGUCUUGUGAAAUAUAUGGCUGCAUCUGCUGAUGUCCUUGCAUUAGCCCAAAUCGAGGUAGACCUAACGCAAAUCGCAGAAGGUGUUAACGCCACUUUCAAGUGGAGGGGUAAACCUCUUUUCAUUUUGCAUCGUACUCCAGCAGAAAUUGAACGAGAAAAGGCUGUCCCAGUUUCGUCACUCAGGGACCCAGCCACGGAUGAAGAACGUUGUCAGAGACCAGAAUGGCUUAUUGUAAUUGGAGUUUGCACGCAUUUGGGAUGCGUCCCUAUAGCGCAUGCAGGUGAUUUUGGGGGCUACUAUUGUCCAUGCCAUGGUUCACACUUUGAUGCUGCGGGGAGAGUUCGCAAAGGGCCGGCACCUUUAAAUUUGACUGUCCCAGAAUAUAAAUUUGAUGAAAAUUCCGUUAUUGUUGGUUGAUAUAGACUUUGUAAUUGAUUGUUAAGUCUACUUUUGAUAUUUUAACAAAAUGAAUCAAUUGAAAACUCA